UUUAUGUCGUAAAGUUAAGGCUUAAUUUAUUUUUAUUUAAACCAUUUAAAAAAUAAUCAUUAAAAAAAUUAACUAGGAUAAAACAUUCCGUCUCUCCCCUACUGAAGGCCUUACAGAAGGCUAUUUCGGUAUGAUAUUAUCAGUUUCAUCCACAGCUAAGCAUGUUUUGCAUUUUGUGACAGCAUACUUUAUUGAUAUAUAUCACUUGUUCAAUGUUUUUAGACUAGAGUUAUGCCUGAAUGGCAUCGUGGUAAAGAAGAAAACAAUUUAAAUAUCAAUGUUGAAAGCAAUAAUACUAAUGAAGACAACUUUAUACCUUAUUCUGGAAGAGAUGAUGUUAGUGCAGCCCCUUUAAAUAAACAGAAGCGUAAAAGAUCACUUCCAAAUCAAAAAGAAGAUAGGGAGAAAUUCAGACAUGCUCUUGUAAACAUUAUAAUGCAUAAUGAAGAAAUCAGUUGCUCAUCAGACAAUACUGGUGGAAAGGAAGAACUCAGUCAUUCUAUAAAAGGAUUACCAACUGCAGCAGAAAAAGACAUUUUACGAUAUUACUAUUAUAUACACAAUGGAAUAGAUACAAAAAAUGUUGCUCAGAUGGAAGACUUAUGGAUUGAGCAUGUCUUAACCCUGGUACCAGAUAAACACAAGAUAACACAUUCUAAAUAUAUUGAGAUAUUGUCAGAUGAAAUUCGCGAAGAUUAUCUGCUUGCUGUGAAAAAAGCAAUUGUUGACUUUGUUCUAAAAAAUCCAAUUCAAGAUGAUAAAGGCACAAGUAAAGAAGUUUUGGUUCAUCAGUUAGAUUUAAAUAAUUUUCGGAUGUUAAGAACAAAGUUGUAUUCUACCUCACUUCAUUUCAUAAUGAAUAAUCUUCAUAUAACUAAUCCCAUUAUGUCUGAUCUUUCAAAGUUAUGGUACCAAAAUUAUGGAUUUUUUCGCUUAAUUGAUACCGGUGUAAUAAUGCAAAAAAGUGAAUCCAUAGAACUAUCACAUUUUCAAAAUUUUAUGAUGAUAAGUAUUGAAAAUGCUCAAGUGACUUUACUUAAAAAGUGGUGGCCAGAAGUCCAAAAUAUUUUUUAUCAAGCUAUCAAACGCAAACAUUUAGUAGUAACUAAAGAUAUUAAAACUUCUUUUUUCAAUUCAGUAGCUGUAUUAAUGACCAAUCAACUUCAAAGUUUAGCUAUAUCAUCAUUAGAAGAUUAUGCUCAGCUGCUUAUGAGAAAUAAAAGUUUGUUUGCUAAGCCUUUUUCCCAUCCAGGUUUCAUUAUUCGACUUGUGUUAGAUGGUGAUGAAAUUAAAUUUGAGCCAAGCUUUAAUGACUUUGAAUUGCUUUUAUUAAAUGUUUUUGAUUUGAUGCUUAAGCCAAUUAAGAUAAUACCGCGAGUUGAAACAAAAUUUUAUCCAGAGUUACACCCUGAAAACAGAUUUUUAGAACCAGUUGUUUCUUCCUAUAUAAUAAAUAACUUCAAGUCUAAAGUAAGUCAAGUUCUAUCUGAAGAGAGGUAUGGUCCUUUACAACAAGCACUGUUAUACACAAAAUACAGGAGUUUGAUUUCAAAAGUAGCUGAAGCAGAAAUUGCAGAUUUUUUGUCUAAAGGUCAUUCCUUUGAAAAAUAUAUGGAGGAAGUUAAAAAGUACAAUGAAUUGAUGAAAGAAAUUGCUUAUGGAUCUGAUAUGGUUGUAAAUGUAGGAAUGUUUGAAGUUCAUUGUGAUGAAUUGAUUCACAGUUUGUGUAAGCGUACUGAAAAUUUACGCUCUAAACUACUCAAUCAAAUGAUGCAAGAUCAUCAAGCAACUAAUAAAGCAUUAUGCUCAGAGUAUGAGAAUAUCACAGCUAAAGCUCUAACCUCACCCAUCAGCACAGAUCACAUGAUGGAGUUAAUUAAUUUUGUUAAAAAAGCAGAAACAGAAACUUUACUGUUACUUGAAAAGCAGUUGUUUGAUGCCAAAGAAAGACUUUUAUUUUUAAUAGAUUUUAUGACAUUUUCUUCUGCUGAUAUACGUCUUAAUAGUAAUGUUUUUCAAUGGCAUCAAAGAAUGCCUGAAGUUUUCCAAGAACAUUGCACAAUAGUUAAUUCGAAUCGUAUUCAAUAUGAAAAUGCUUUAAAGAUGAGAAGAGUAAAACUUAUUGAAGAUCUUGAGUUAUAUUCGAAGCAAGUUGAAGAAUUUGAAGCACUUGGAGACAUGCACGAGAUAAGCCGUUAUCUAAAGAAAGCAAAUUCUUUACGAGCACGCCUAGAUGUAGUUGCUGAAAAAAUUGCUGUCAUAAAUGCAGAAGAAGAAUUAUUUGAAUGGGAGUUGACAACAUAUCCUCUUCAGACAUUAGUAGUAAAUAAACUUACACCUUUCCUUAAACUUUAUGAAACAACUGCAGAGUUUGAUGACAAAUACAAAUUCUGGAUGGAAAGUCCACUGGGUUCAUCAGAUCCAGAUAUCAUUGAACAAGAAGCGAGUAAUAUAUGGCGAACCUUUUAUAAACUUGAGAAAACUUUCAAGGAUGUUCCUAUUGCUCAAAAUAUUGCAUCAAAGAUGAAGCUAAAAGUUGAUUCAUUUAAAGAACACUUACCCCUUAUAGCUGUUGUCUUUAAUCCUGGAUUACGGGAUCGUCAUUGGGAAGCUAUGUCUGAAAUUGUUGGCUAUAGAAUACAACCAGAUGAAAGAAGUAAUCUUCGCAAGUUUAUUAACAUGAAAUUAGAACCUUAUUUAUUAAAGUUCAGCUUUGUUAAUGAGGCUGCAAGUAGAGAAUUUACUUUGGAAAAAGCUAUGCAAAAAAUGAAAGGAGAAUGGGCAGAGGUGACAUUUGGUAUAAUAUCUUAUCGGGAAACAGGAACACAUAUUCUUUCAUCUGUUGAUGAAAUUCAAAGUUUGUUAGAUGAUCACAUAGUUAAAACGCAAACCAUCCGAGGAUCUCCAUUUAUAAAACCUUUUGAAACUGAAAUUCGAGAAUGGGAAGAUAAGUUGCUAUUAAUACAAGAGAUCUUAGAUGAGUGGCUGAAAGUGCAGGCUACCUGGUUGUAUUUAGAGCCUAUCUUUAGCUCACCUGAUAUAAUGGCUCAAAUGCCACAGGAGGGAAGACGAUUUACUACUGUUGACAGAAAUUGGAGGAAUACUAUGACAAAUGUUUUGAGGGACAACCAUGUAAUGGAAGUUGUAAUGAUUGAUAAACUUCUAAAUCAGUUUAAAACAUCAAAUGAUCUCCUCGAGCUGAUUUUAAAGGGGUUGAAUGAAUAUCUAGAAAAAAAACGAUUAUACUUUCCAAGAUUUUUUUUCUUAUCAAAUGAUGAAUUGCUAGAAAUUUUAUCGGAAACGAAAGAUCCUACAAGAGUAAAGCCUCAUUUAAAGAAAUGUUUUGAGGGUAUUGCUUCGCUUGAAUUUACAGAAGACUUUGAUAUUAAAAGUAUGAUGAGUUCUGAAGGAGAAGUUGUCCCAUUGGUAUCAAGUAUAUCUACUUCGGCUGCUCGAGGUCUAGUUGAAAAGUGGUUACUUGAACUGCAAAAUCUAAUGUUUGAAAGUCUCAAAGAGACAAUUGUACAGGCAAUGGCAAAUUAUCUAAAAAUUCCACGUACAAAGUGGGUAACACAAUGGCCAGGACAAGCUGUUUUAGCAGUUACACAAUUUUACUGGACUGCAUAUAUGCAUGAAUCUAUAAAAGGAGGCCAACAAAAGUUAGAUGCUUAUCUAAAGCAGAACAAUGAACAGAUAGAUGAGAUAGUAUCACUAGUAAGAGGAAAACUGUCAAAGCAACAUCGAGCAACAUUAGGUGCAUUGGUUGUUUUAGAUGUUCACGCUCGUGAUGUAUUAGUUGAACUGGCUGGUGAAGGUAUAAAAGAUGAAAAUGAUUUUAAAUGGCUGGCACAACUAAGAUACUAUUGGGAGAAUAAUUUAAUGAUGACUCGCAUGAUUAGUGCUCAUUUGCCUUAUGGAUAUGAAUAUUUAGGAAACUCAGGUCGUCUUGUUAUAACUCCACUAACUGAUCGUUGUUACAGAACACUGUUUGGAGCACUACAAUUGCAUUUGGGUGGAGCACCUGAAGGUCCAGCUGGAACAGGAAAGACAGAAACAACCAAAGACCUUGCAAAAGCAGUUGCUAAACAAUGUGUUGUUUUUAACUGUUCUGAUGGACUUGAUUUUAUUGCAUUAGGAAAAUUUUUCAAAGGACUUGCAUCUUGUGGAGCAUGGUCUUGUUUUGAUGAAUUCAAUCGUAUAGACUUGGAAGUCUUAUCGGUAGUUGCACAACAAAUUCUAACAAUACAAACAGGAAUCAGUUCUGGUAAUGACAGGUUGCUAUUUGAAGGCACUGACAUUCAUUUGGAUUCAACAUGUGCUAUUUUUAUUACAAUGAAUCCUGGUUAUGCUGGGAGAUCAGAUUUACCUGAUAAUUUAAAAUCAUUGUUUAGAAGUGUUGCAAUGAUGGUCCCUGAUUAUGCUCUUAUCUCCGAAAUAUCCUUAUAUUCAUUUGGCUUUGUCAAUGCUCGUCCAUUGGCUGUUAAAAUAGUCACGACCUAUACAUUAUGUUCAGAACAAUUAUCUUCACAAUGUCAUUAUGAUUAUGGUAUGAGAGCAGUUAAAUCUGUUCUUACUGCUGCUGGAAAUCUUAAGCUUAAAUAUCCAGAUGAAAAUGAAGAAGUGCUUAUUCUUCGAUCAAUAAUAGAUGUUAACUUGCCCAAAUUUUUAGCACAAGAUCUUCCCUUGUUUAAGGCAAUAACAACUGAUUUAUUUCCUGGUAUUUCUUUGCCGAAGCCAGACUACAUAAUUCUAACUCAAGCUAUCAAAACAAAUGCUUCAAAACUAAAUUUACAAUUGACAGAUUUUACAUUAAGUAAAGUCUUACAGGUUUAUGAAAUGAUGGUAGUACGCCAUGGAUUCAUGCUGGUAGGGGAUCCAUUUGGAGGAAAAACUAUGGCUUAUAAGUUAUUAGCUAAAGCUUUGACUGAUAUUAAAGAUCAGAAUCUUAUGGAUGAAAAUAGAGUUCAAAUAUGUGUUUUAAAUCCUAAAUCAAUAACUCUUGGCCAGUUAUAUGGUCAGUUUGAUGCAGUGUCUCACGAAUGGUCAGAUGGAAUACUAGCAGUUAACUAUAGAUUGUUUGCUUCUUCACAGACUCCUGACAGAAAAUGGUUAAUUUUUGAUGGACCAGUAGAUGCAGUGUGGAUUGAAAAUAUGAACACUGUGUUAGAUGACAACCGCAAGCUCUGUCUAAAUAGCGGUGAAAUUAUUCAACUUUCUCCAUCAACUAAUCUGAUAUUUGAACCAAUGGACUUGGAGGUUGCAUCUCCUGCAACAGUAAGUAGAUGUGGAAUGGUUUACAUGGAGCCACAUAUGCUAGGUUGGAGACCAUUGCUUUUGUCAUGGCUAAACACAUUGCCUGAAAGUAUUACUCAUGAAAAGAAAGAGCUUAUUACAGAAAACUUUGAUAGAGUUGUUAAUCCUCUGCUGGCAUUUUUAAGAAGAAGUGGUUUAAAAGAACUUUCUCCCACAAAUGAUGCAAACCUAGUAACUUCUUGCAUGAAUUUGAUGGAUUGUUUUAUAGAGGAUGUUACUAAAGAAGAUAAUUUUAAAAACAUUAACGAUGCUGAAGUUACAUCAUGGUUAGAGUCCAUAUUUCUGUUUUCAUGUGUAUGGUCAUUUGGUGGCACAGUUGAUAACAACGGAAGAACUAUGUUUGAUUUAUUUUUUAGAGAAAUAAUGAAUGGAGCACCAUCACUUGAAUCACAGAGAAAAUAUGCUAUUUUAGAUUCUGUAGAAGAACCUAGGAGACCUUAUCUAUGUCCGUUUCCAAACCAAGGUUCUGUUUAUGACUAUCAUUUUAUCAAAGAGGGCAUGGGCAAGUGGAGAUUGUGGACAGAUGACAUAAGUGAAGCUCCUAUUAUUUCUAAGGAUGCACAGUUUAAUGAAAUAAUUGUUCCAACCAUUGAUACAGUUCGUUACACAUACUUGAUGCAAAAAUUAAUUAAUCACCAAAAAAGUACACUUUUUGUUGGUCCCACUGGAACAGGAAAGAGUGUUUAUAUUUCUGACUUUUUACUCAGAAGGAUUGAUGAAAAGUACAAGCCUACAAUCAUAAAUUUUUCUGCACAAACAAGUGCAAAUGAAACCCAGGACUUAAUUAUGUCAAAACUUGAUAAAAGAAAAAAAGGAUUGUUUGGUCCACCAAUUGGAAAAAAAUCAAUAAUUUUUGUUGAUGAUUUGAACAUGCCAAUAAAAGAAAAGUAUGGAGCUCAACCUCCUAUUGAACUGUUGAGACAAUGGUUGGACCAUUGGCAAUGGUAUAACGUAAAAGAUACAUCACCCAUUUAUCUUGUGGAUAUUCAAAUUAUGGCUGCUAUGGGUCCUCCAGGUGGUGGUCGCAAUACAAUAACACCACGGUUUUUGCGCCAUUUUAAUACAAUAGCAAUUAAUGAUUUCGAUAAUGUGCAAAUGAUAAAAAUAUUUGGUACAAUUACUGAAUGGCAUUUUAGCACAAAAGAAUUCCAACAAGACUUCGUUACACUUGGUAAAGAAAUUAUUAAAGCUACAAUUGUUUUGUAUACAAGUGCAUCAGCAAAUCUGCUUCCAACUCCUUCUAAAUCCCAUUAUUUGUUUAAUCUACGGGAUUGUGCUCGUGUUGUGCAAGGUUUACUUUUAUCCAGUCCUACUACAAUAAACAGUUUAGAGUCGCUUAAGCGUCUUUGGAUUCAUGAGGUUUUUCGUGUUUUUUAUGAUCGUCUUGUAGAUGAUAAUGAUCGUACAUGGUUUGUGGAGAAUGUCAAAGAAAUUAUUAAAACCGAAUUAAAAACAGACAUCAAUCAACUGUUUAUAGAUCACAAUGACAAUGUAAAAGAUGAUAGAAAUGAACUUCAGCAGAUAAUGUUUUGUGACUUUGUUGUGAAAUCAGACACAAAGCCAUAUUUAGAAGCAAUUGAUAUUGACAAAUUAAGAAAGAUUUCUGAAAACUAUUUAGAUGAAUAUAACAACUUAAGUAAAAAGCCUAUGAAUCUUAUACUCUUCAGGUUUGCUAUUGAGCAUGUUUCUCGAAUAUCACGUGUUUUAAAGCAACCCCGUGGCCAUUGCUUAUUAGUUGGUAUUGGAGGAAGCGGCCGACAAAGUUUAACACGACUAGCAUGUUUUAUGGCUGACUAUGAAAUGCAUCAGGUUGAAAUUGGCCGUGGUUAUACACGUAAAGAAUGGAGAGAAGAUUUAAAAAAGAUACUGCGAAAGACUGCAGAAAGUGAGGUACAUAGUGUCUUCCUGUUUACAGAUACCCAAAUUAAAGAGGAAUCUUUUUUAGAAGACUUGAAUAAUCUUCUCAAUGCGGGUGAGGUACCUAACUUGUUCCCUUCUGAUGAAAAGCAGGAGAUAUGUGAUAAAAUGCGACUAAUUGAUAAACAAAGAGAAAAGUCAAAGCAAACUGAUGGAUCUCCAUUGCUUCUUUUUAAUAUGUUUGUUCAAAGAAUAAAAGAAAUGUUACAUAUUGUACUUGCUAUGAGUCCUAUUGGUGAAGCUUUUCGAAAUCGAUUAAGAAUGUUUCCUUCCAUUAUAAAUUGUUGUACAAUAGAUUGGUUUCAAGAGUGGCCAGAAGAUGCUUUGACUGUGGUUGCCCAGCGUUUUCUUGCAAACAUUAAUUUACCACCAAAUGUUAUUGAUGGUUGCGUAGAGAUGUGUAAAAACUUCCACGUGACAACUAGAAAUCUUUCAAACAGAUAUCUUAAUGAACUUAAACGUCACAAUUAUGUCACUCCUACAUCGUAUCUAGAGCUGAUUAGUACAUACAAAAAUCUAUUAUGUUUAAAACAGGACUCUGUAAUGAAACAAGAAAAAAGAUACAAAGUUGGUUUAGAAAAACUAGCUUCUGCAGCUCUGCAGGUUUCAACAACGCAGGUUCAAUUACACGAUUUGCAACCUAAGUUGGUUGUUGCUCAGAAGGAAGUUGAUGAUGUAAUGAAAGUUAUUGCUAUAGAUUCUGUAGAAGUUGCAAAAACUGAAAAGAUUGUCAAAGCAGAUGAAGCAAUAGCAGAUGAACAAGCUAAUGCUGCAAAACUUAUUAAAGAUGAAUGCGAUAGGGAGCUAGGUGAAGCCAUUCCUAUUUUAGAGUCUGCAUUGAUAGCUCUUAAUACACUCACACCACAAGAUAUUACUGUGGUGAAAACUAUGAAAAGCCCUCCUGCUGGUGUAAAACUUGUCAUGGAAGCAAUUUGUACAUUAAAAGGAAUAAAACCAGAAAGAAUUCCAGAUCCAGCAACUGGCAAAAGAAUCGAAGAUUUUUGGGGACCAUCUCGUAAAUUGCUGGGUGAUAUGAAAUUCUUAGAAUCACUGAAAACAUUUGAUAAAGAUAAUAUUCCUCCCGCAUAUAUUAAAGCUGUCAGAGACACAUAUACAUGUGAUCCAGAGUUUGUUCCUGAAAAAAUUCGCUCAGCAUCAACAGCAGCAGAAGGUCUGUGCAAAUGGGUUAUUGCAAUUGAAGCUUAUGAUCGUGUUGCCAAGGUAGUAGCUCCUAAAAAAGAAGCACUUGCUCUGGCUGAGGCUGAUUUAGCAAUAGCAAUGAGUAGUUUAGAAAAAAAACAGGCAAGUUUGAAAGAGGUCCAGUAUAAGCUUGAACAACUUCAUAAAAAGUUUGAAGAUAAUACUAAAAGAAAGGAAGACUUAGAGUAUCAGGUUGAUUUGUGCAGUAAAAAAUUAGAGCGUGCAGAGAAAUUGAUUAAUGGCUUAGGAGGAGAAAAUGAAAGAUGGAGCAAAAGAGCAAAAGAACUUGAAAAAUUAUACAAAAAUCUUGCUGGUGAUGUGCUUGUUUCUUCUGCAGUAGUUGCAUAUCUAGGUGCAUUCACUUCAAACUAUAGACAGGAACAAACUGAAAAAUGGACAAAAUCUUGUAGUCUAGCAGGUGUGUCAUGCUCUGAUAGUGUGUCAGCCACACUUACUCUAGGAGAUCCAGUUAAAAUAAGAAGUUGGAAUAUAUUUGGCCUUCCAAAUGAUAGUUUCUCUGUUGAAAAUGCAAUAAUAAUAAGCAAUUCAAAUCGCUGGCCGCUUAUGAUUGAUCCACAAGGUCAAGCAAAUCGUUGGAUUAAAAACAUGGAAAAAGGACGGCUUCAAGUUAUUAAGCUUACAGAUGCUGAUUACAUUCGAACAUUAGAAAAUUCAAUUCAAUUUGGAAAUCCUGUACUACUUGAAAAUGUUGGACAAGAAAUUGAUCCUGUUUUAGAACCACUGCUUUUGAAGCAAACUUUUAAGCAAGGUCCAACAUUGUGCAUAAAGCUUGGUGAUAGUACCAUUGAGUACUCAAAAGAUUUUCAAUUUUAUAUGACAACAAAGUUGUCGAACCCUCAUUACCAGCCAGAAACAGCUGUAAAAGUAACACUUCUUAAUUUUAUGAUAACAUCUGAAGGUUUAGAAGACCAGCUACUUGGAAUCGUUGUUGCUAAAGAAAGACCUGAAUUAGAGCAAGAAAAAAAUGCACUGAUUCUUCAAAGUGCUGAAAACAAGAAACAGUUACAAGAGAUUGAAAAUAAAAUAUUAGAAGUACUUUCUACAUCUGAAGGAAAUAUAUUAGAAGAUGAAACAGCAAUUCAAGUGUUAUCUUCAUCAAAAGUUUUAUCCAAUGAAAUAGCUGAAAAACAAGCUAUUGCUGAAGAAACGGAAAAAAAAAUUGAUUUAGCACGUUUAGGCUACAAGCAAAUUUCUGUUUACUCUACAAACUUAUUUUUCACUAUUGCUGAUCUUGCAAGUAUUGACCCUAUGUAUCAAUAUUCCCUUGCUUGGUUUAUAAAUUUGUUUUUUAGUGCAAUAGAUAACUCUGAGAAAUCUGAAGAUCUUUUUAAAAGAUUAAAUAUACUGGAGACAUAUUUCACAUAUUCAUUGUACUGCAAUAUCUGUCGUUCUUUGUUUGAAAAAGAUAAGCUGCUUUUUUCUUUCCUGCUCUGCGUAAAUCUCUUGAGACAAAAGAAUGAGAUUAGUCAAAGUGAAUGGCGUUUUCUUCUUACAGGAGGUGUUGUUCUUGAUAACCCAAUUGGAAACUUGUGUGAUUGGUUACCAAAACAGUCAUGGGACCGGCUAUGCAUACUUCAAGAUUUACACUCGUUUUCUGGCAUUCAUUUAAGUAUUGCACAAAACGGAGAGGAGUGGAUGAAAAUUUAUGAUAGCAAUAAACCACACACUGAACUGUUUCCAGGCAAAUGGAAUGAGUCAUUAAAGCAGUUUCAAAAAAUUGUUGUAUUACGAUGUAUCAGACCUGACAAAGUUGUUCCUGCAGUUCAAGAUUUUGUAGGAAAAAAACUUGGAAAAAAAUACAUUGAACCUCCAUCAUUUGAUUUAUUAAAGUCUUUUGAAGAUUCUAACUGCUCUUUACCAAUUAUAUUUGUUCUUUCUCCUGGAACUGAUCCAACUGCUUCUUUAAUCAAGUUUGCUGAUGAUCAGGGAUUUGGAGGUACAAAGUUUAGUUCUUUAUCACUUGGUCAGGGCCAAGGACCUAUAGCUAUGAAAAUGAUUGAGAAAGGUAAAAGAGAAGGUACAUGGGUAAUGCUGCAAAAUUGCCACCUUGCAGUUUCUUGGAUGCCAACGCUUGAAAAAAUUUGUGAGGAAUUGAAUGUUGAGACAACACACCCAGCUUUUCGAUUAUGGUUAUCCAGUUAUCCUUCACCUCAGUUUCCAGUUUCAAUUUUGCAAAAUGGUAUUAAGUUAACAAAUGAACCACCUAAAGGUUUGAGAGCAAAUAUUAUACGGUCAUACUUAAGUGAUCCUAUAUGUGAUCAAGAUUUUUUUAAUGGAUGUAAAAAGCCUGUUGAAUUUAAAAAACUUUUGUUUGGACUUUGCUUUUUUCAUGGUUUGGUUCAAGAAAGAAGAAAAUUUGGUCCAUUGGGAUGGAAUAUUCCUUACGAAUUUAAUGAAACUGACCUGCGCAUUAGUGUUCGUCAACUAAACAUGUUCUUAAAUGAAUAUGAUGAGGUUCCUUUUGAUGCAAUAAGAUAUUUAACUGGUGAGUGCAACUAUGGUGGUCGUGUUACUGAUAGCAAGGAUCGGCGCACAUUAAUGACCUUACUUAACAGCUGCUAUUCCCCAGAGAUUCUUAAAGAAAAAUAUAAUUUCUCUGAGAGUGGUAUUUACUAUGCACCCCCAAAUGGUGAAUAUGAAUCGUAUAUCGAGUAUAUAAAAAGUCUACCCCUGAAUCCUCAACCAGAAGUAUUUGGCAUGCAUGCAAAUGCAGACAUCACAAAGGAUGAGCAAGAAACUCAGCUUCUUUUUGAUACAAUUCUUUUGACACAGACCCGUUCAAGUUCUGUUGGUGAAAGUUCAGAUGAUACAGUAGUCAGAGAUGUGGCAAAUGAUAUUUUGGCAAAACUUCCAUUAAAGUAUGAUACUGAUGCUGCUUUAAGAAAAUUUCCAACUUCUUACAAUCAGAGCAUGAAUACAGUAUUAGUUCAAGAAAUGGUGCGGUUCAACAAUUUAACAUCGGUUGUUCGUUCUAGUUUGAUAAAUCUACAAAAAGCAAUUAAGGGUUUGGCAGUUAUGUCUGCUGAUCUUGAAGAAAUAUACUCAAGCAUCUUAACUGGUAGAAUACCAUCCCUGUGGAGAUCUAAGUCUUACCCUUCCUUAAAACCAUUGGGAAGUUAUAUUAAUGAUUUACUGAUGCGCUUAAAAUUUUUACAAGAUUGGUAUGAUGAUGGCCCUCCUUGCGUAUAUUGGUUACCUGGAUUUUUUUUUACCCAAGCUUUUUUAACCGGUACUCAACAAAACUUUGCACGUAAGCACAAAAUUCCUAUUGACUUAUUGACAUUUGACUUUGAAAUGAUGAGAGAGACAUCUUUUUCUGAGACCCCUUUAGAUGGAGUUUACAUUGAAGGUUUAUUUUUGGAAGGAGCUCGCUGGGACAUACAAAAAAUGGUACUUGGGGAAUCAGUUCCAAAGAAAUUGCACGAACCAAUGUGCAUUAUUUGGUUAAAACCGUGCAAAAAAGGAACUGAGGUGGCUAGUCUUCAUUAUGAUUGUCCUGUAUACAAGACUAGUGCGAGACGCGGAACUUUAUCUACUACUGGUCACUCAACAAACUAUGUAAUGGAGAUCAGAUUACUUUCAGAUGUCAGUUCUUCUCAUUGGAUCAAACGUGGAGUUGCACUCCUUUGUCAGUUGAACAUUUGACCAUAAGUUUUAACAUUAUAUAUAUUUAUUUAGCAAUUUAUUUUUUAUUUAGCGAGUAAGUUAAACUAUAAUUAUAAAAUUGUAUAUACGUUUUUUUUAUUAUUAUUAUUUAGAGUGUU